UGAUAUUGCUGAGCUGGCAAACAACAAACCAGAGGAAGUUUCUUGGCAAGUUACAUAAAAUGGCAGAUAAGAAGUAUCCCCCUCCAACCAAUGCCCCAGGCUACUACCAGGCCCCACCAGCGCCCACUGGAUCCAGCAGGACGGUAAUUGUCCAGGGCCGUGGAACAACCGUUGUCCAGCACACAAGCACCAGUACCAACUAUGGAGGACAAAGGCAGCCUGCUGUUGUUCAGCCUCCUGUAGUUGUUCAGACUGUGCGACCUGCACCUGUACGAAGUCAAGGAGGAUUAUUUGACAAUCUUGGCAAAGCAUUUGACUCGGCAGCUAAGGACCUGGGUAACAUAGCCACCACGGCCACUCAUGCUGUUAUCAACCCCAUGGAUUUAAUGAGGAAUGGCAACAAGAUCUUGAUUCAGUCCAUGACUUCUGGGCUAUACCUCAAGGUGUCUGAAAAAGGUCUACUGGAGACCUCCCAGGGGAAGGGACCGAUAGCUCAGUGGGUGGUGGUCAAGCCUCAGCAGUACCCAAACACCAUCAAGCUAGCCAAUGCUAGUCGAUCAUCUUCCUACAUCUCCGUUCAGAAUGGCUAUGCCGUUGGAUAUGGCAGUGGUGGUUCAGACUGUGACUUCACCCCCUCCGUGCUGCCUGACUGGAGUGUAAUGUUUGAGUCGGUCCAGAACCCUGGCUCUCACCUCGGAGUGCUGCCUACCGGUCAGCUCACUGCUCCAGCUCAGACCACCAAGGACACUGAUGCCUCGCACUUCAAGAUAUUCCUUCUGGGGGUGUAAACUAGUCUAUCACACGACAAGAUUGAAACACUAUGUACUAACAGUAUAACUUCAAUGUUUAAUUUUAUUGACUGCUGUGUUACAUCAUAGAUAUGAUUAUAUGUACCGUCUAGAAAGAUAUAGAUUUCAUUUUUUGUUUGUGAGUAUUAUUUGUUAUCACUAAUAAACAGUGUUUUAAA